AGGGGCCGAAACACCAAGACUAUAAAACUACAGUUCCCACAAUGCAUUGCGCUUUCUUCGGUUUCCUUGCAAGAUGGCUGCGUUGAGUAAAAUCGGCACAUAUUUGAAAAACGCAUGGGCAAAUGAGCCUGUUAUCGUUCUCUCUCUCGCCAUUGGUUUCACGGCUAUGGUGGGACCCUUCAUCAGUCCCUUAACUAAAUAUACCACCAUGAUCAACCAGGCUGUACCAUAUGUGUAUCCAGUUCCGGUUCGGGAUGAUGGCAAUAUGCCAGAUGUUCCUUCCCACCCCUGCGACAAGGAAGGCCCAAGCCUCGAGUGGCUCAAGAAAUUCUGAGGCAGGCCCUUGUGAACAGCCCUAGAGAACUACCCUUGAAGAGGCAGCCCGGGCCCACGUGGCUACCUGCCCUUUUGUGUACAUGUGCAACAUUUUCAGGAUGUAAUAAACUUGCUGUUAACUUAAAA